UUCUCUGUCUAUAAUGUAUACAUUGUAACCUUUCAGGGGAUUUCAUUACGCGACUAUAUCAUGAGCAUUUAUUUAAUUUGAGCCAUCAUGUGGCAUUCAACUAGUUUAUCAAUAAAGUAAAAUUUUGAAAAGUUUAAUUAAUAGUUAAUUGUGAAAAUAAUAUAUUAUUUCAACUAUGAGGAAUUUAUCAAAAAUAUACUGUGCUUAUCGCCGUAAUAACGGAUUUAUAAUUGGUAUGUUGAUAGGAUUAUGUGUGAGCUUAUUAUUUUAUCGGAUAACUAAUUUUCAAGAAGAUUUUAAUAAUAUUGAAUCCUCUUGGUAUAAAUUUUCACUAACGACAAAUGAUCAACCAAGCACAGUUGAUGAGUAUGCUCCAAAAAUUAAUAUUAAUCUUAAACCAAAUCAAUUGGAAAAAAAUUUAAAGGCUUUUAUAAGGCCAAGAUAUUACUAUACAGAAUUAGGAAUUAGAGAAAAAUUAUUCGUUGGAGUGCUAACAUCUUCAGAAUAUCUUCAUAGUCGAGGAGUAGCAUUUAAUAAAACAAUUGGCCGUAUGAUAGAAAAAAUACGAUAUUUCAUUAGUGUUAAUGAAGGAUCAAAAAAACCAAAUGUAUCUCUUUCUGGAAUUGUUGGUUUCACUGAUACUCGUUCAAUUCUCAAACCAUUUCAUGUAAUUAAAUAUAUUACUGACAAUUAUUUGGAGGAUUAUGAUUAUUAUUUUAUUGUUAAAGACACUAGCUACAUUAAUGCUCGUAAUUUAUUAGAUUUUGUUGACAGUACCAGUGCUAACAAAGAUAUUUAUGUAGGAUCAUCCAUAGAGUCUGACUAUUGUUCAUUAGAAGGUGGAAUACUAAUUAGUAAUUCAAUUUUACAAAAAUUGAAAAAAAAUCUAGACUGGUGUGUUAAUAACAUUUAUUCUGAAUCAGAUGAUAUAAAUUUAGGCCGUUGUAUUACACACACGACUAAAAUGUCAUGUCAGAAUCAGGUUGAAGGUAAAAAUUUUCAUUCUGAAAAAUUGCCUUUAGAUUUUGAUUUUUAUGAAAAUUUUUCAAAUUUCCUAAGAGAGCAUGAAAAUGUAAAUAAGGCCAUAUCAAUAUUUCCCAUACCAAAUUAUAAGAUUGUAUAUUAUUUGAAUGCAUAUUUUGCUGCAAUUAAUUUACGAAAUACUGAUAAAGCUAUAGAAGGAAUAAGAAAGGAAAUUUUAUCUACUAUACAUUUGGAACCAGCACACUAUAGAAAAUAUGAUGACAGUGGUGAUAAAAAUAUUUUUUAUAGUAUUUAUGGCAAUAAAAAUGAGAACAUUCAUAAAAAUAAUUUGACUUCAUGGCCAAUUGGUAAUGGACCUGGAAAUAAAGCUCCUGGAAGAUUUGAUUUAUUACGUUGGAAUUAUUUUAAUGAAACGCACAUAUUACUGCCUACUGACUUUGAAAAUACCAAAGAAUUAAUUGGAAGUCAACGUUUUGAUGUACAUCGAAUAAUUGAAAUUACAAAAAGAAAACUCAUAAAAGAAUAUGAACAUGAAUUGAAAUUCGAUCGAUUGAUUAAUGGAUACAUUAAGUUCGAUGCUUCAAGAGGAAUGGAUUAUAUUUUAGACUUGAGUCUAAUUAACACAAAAAUUGGGAAAAAAAUAACUAAACGAUUUGAAGUAUCAAAGCCUUUAGGGAAGGUUAAACUACUCCCAGUGCCUUAUGUUACAGAAAAUACAAGAGUAAAUAUGAUUUUAAUUGUUACUUCAUGGAAGACUGAUCAAGUUAUGGAAUUUAUAGAAAAUUAUACAAAUAUUUGUCUGGAAAAGAACGACAAAACUACACUUAUGUUGGUAUUUUUAUAUAAUGCUAAUUCUCCUUCAAAAGGAGAUGAUGAUAUUUAUAAAAAAGUAAAGCUUCGAGUAUUAAGUUUAACAGAAAAGUAUAAAAAAGAGCAAUCGAAAAUUGCCUGGCUUUCAGUGCAGUUACCUCCUAGUCUAACUUCAAUUGAAGAAUCUGAUCCAAUAUUAAGAAUAGCUAUUGCAGAUCUAAUUGUUAAAAAAUUUUCAUCAGAAAGUUUGAUAUUGUUUGUUCAAACUCAUAUGGAACUUAAAACAGAAUAUUUAAAUCGAGUUAGAAUGAAUACAAUAAGUCAAUGGCAAAUAUUCAGUCCAAUUCCAUUUAGUACAUUUCAUCCUGACAUUAUUUCUUUAGACAAUCCCAAGUCUACGAAAGUAGACUUGACUCAUCAUCAUGGCCGCUAUGAUAAUUUAAAUUACGAAAGUAUUUCAUUUUAUUUAAAAGAUUAUCGAGCAGUUAGAAAACAAAGUGCCAAAGAGAUUCCCAUAAUAAAUACGGAUAAAGAUUUACCGGAUAUAAUAAAAAUAUCAAAAAAUAAUUUUGUUGAGUCAAUAUUUGAACUUUUUGUAAUUUAUAGUGAUUUACACGUCUUCAGAGCGGUAGAACCAGCUUUGAAAAUAUAUUAUAAUAAACAAAACUGUUCUGGAAUGCUUAGCGAAACAGCAAAAAGUAGUUGUUACAGUCAAAUGAAUUUGCAGCUUGGUCAUAGAGGACAAUUAGCUAAACUUAUACAAGAAUACAGUAGAAUAAGAUGAAAUUUUUGAAUUUUUAUGGUUGUUGCUGUUUCAUUUUUCACAAAAUAUGAACAAAGUAGUAUUAUUAAUUAAUUAUGUUAUAAUCUUUAUAUAAAAAUUAUGAAGUAAAAAUAUUUUAUUACCAUAAUUGUAUUCAAUUGUACAUUAGUUAC